UCUCGCCCGGAAGUCUCGCGUCUACUCGGCAGCGUCUGAGGCGCAGCGAAACAGCGACUGGAGCGACGAGAAGGGAACCGAGGGCCCUUUGGCUGAGCUGAACUAUUUGGAUUUCGGAAGAAAGAAGCGGCGGCUACCAAAAUGACCAGAGGAAACCAACGUGAGCUGGCACGUCUGAAGAAUGCCAAAAAAAAUGACGCUGGUAAAGGGAAGAAGGGCGACGAUGGACUCUCUGCUGCUGCUCGGAAGCAGAGGGAUGCCGAGAGAAUGCAAGAGAAGCAGAAAAAGUCGGCUGAAGGAGGAAAAGAAGAAACCAAGUCAAAGUAAAGAAUGAAGUCGGAGACAAAUACAGCUCAGUGCUUCAAUAAAAUAUCUUGUUUAGCAUUCUUCCUGAUAAUUAUAAUAAGGUAAUUAUUGUCUAGCCUCAAUAAUCUAGGAUCCUACAUUCUUUCCUAUGACAAAUGACAUUGCUUGUUGGAUUUGUUAUUUUUACUUUUGACUGAGCAAGCUGCUCGUGGUUGUCCCACGUUGGUGCUGCAUGCAUAGAAGCAUCAGUGGUGUAAGCAGCAGGAGAAAGAAGAACACUUCUUGACACAAGCACCUACAUAAGUUGUGUAUUUUUGUACAAAAAUGUCCCCGGCUGGUUUCAAAUAAAGUGUAUCUUUUUAGUUCA